CGCAAAAACAUAAACAAAAGGCAAAUCAAGGCUUUCGCCUUCUCUAUCGCGCUCGAGGAGCAGCGAGCUAAUUCUCUGUACUAACACCUGAAAUUCGAAGUUCUCAUCUUCUUCAUUCGAAAGCUAUGGUCGGAAUGAUGAUGGCUGUUAAUUCAAGGGAGAGGCUCGCUAGUUUGAUUAACUCAACCAAGAUUGCUGCAGAUAUACCUUCCAAACUUGCUCGUUUGCGUCAAUUAAAGAAUGUUCUGCUUCCGGAAGACCCUGUUUUAGUAUCCGAGCUUCUCCCUCGCAUCCUUGAGCUACAGUCCGACCGCUUCAGCCCCAUCCGCAAGUUUGUCGCAGAGAUGAUUGGUGAAAUUGGAUUCAAGCAUAUUGACUUGUUGCCUCAAAUUGUACCAUUAUUGAUAACAGUUUUGACUGACGACACUCCAGCUGUCGUUCGACAAUCCAUUACUUGUGCCAUUGAUUUGUUUCGCGUUAGUCUUGUAAAAAUUGCAAUGAAGGGUCUAUAUUCUAGCGAGAUAGACAAUUCACUUCAAUCAUUGUGGACAUGGAUGUUAAAGUUCAAGGAAGAGAUAUAUUCAAUAGCCGUUCAUGGAAAUGGUGGAAUGAGUUUGCUAGCUCUCAAGUUUGUUGUAGAAGUAAUUUUACUUUACACACCUGAUCCUAAUGGCUCUUCAGAGCCUCCUGCUUCUGAAGAAACAUCUGUCGAUUUUAAUAUAUCAUGGCUUCGUGGGGGUCAUCCUAUACUCAAGAUUAGAGACUUAUCAACUGAGGCCAGUCAAAGUUUGGGUUUGUUGCUCGAUCAACUCAGAUUUCCAAAAGUGAAAUCUCUCAAUAACGCAAAGAUUAUUGUGCUUAUUAAUAGUCUUUCAACAAUUGCGAAAAAGAGACCUGCAUUUUACGGCCGAAUUCUGCCUGUAUUACUUGGCCUGGAUCGCUCAGGCACUAUCUUUAAUGGGUUGCAUGCUCCUGGUGUACAUUAUGCCUUAAAGAAUGCAUUUCUCAACUGCUUGAAGUGUACCCAUCCAGGUGCUUUACCGUGGCGAGAUCCUCUAAUUGGUGCCCUGAGAGAAAUGAAAGUUAGGGGAGUGGCUGACCCAUCCCUUCAUCAAGUUUCAACAAUUAAUGGAUCUGCAGAGGAGGAGCAGGGUGACGGCCAUUUAACCAAGGAUGAGAAGGCUGCUGUUCAAAGAACUAAUAUUAUGCAUAAUAAUUUGGGAAGGAAGAGAUCUGGAGAACCAGACAGCUGUGAUUUGAAAGAGGAUGGAAAUGGAUCUGGAAAACGUGCCAGACCAACAACUAAUGUCUCAGAGUCUGAGGAACCAUCUAAAGAAAUGGAGAGGAGUACUGUCGUGUCUAAACAAAACGAAUCAUCAAGUGGAACAUCUUCCACGGAAGAUGUGGAUACUGGACCAGCGCAGCAACUUGUAACUAUGUUUGGUGCCUUAGUUGCUCAAGGAGAAAAAGCUAUUGGGUCCUUACAGAUCCUUAUCUCUAGUAUUUCCGCUGACUUGCUUGCUGAGGUUGUCAUUGCUAAUAUGCGUUUCCUUCCUCCUCAUCAGCCUGAUACAGGAGAUGGAGAACUUCUGCAGAAUAUGUGUAUAAUUGGUAGUGAUGCUCAAGCCAAAUAUCCAUCAUCAUUUGUCGCUGAUGUUCUUUCAUUAUCUAGCACCUUCCCACUGAUUGCAUCGAUGUUGGAUUCUUCUAGGUCAUUAUCUGAUCACAUGAAACCUCAGGAGGAAGGAGACCGUCAUGCAGUUCCUAUUGUUGACAGUGCUGGGACAAAUCAUGAUUCUGAAAAUGCUAUUACGCCAACUAGUUUACCUGGUUCCAAAACUCCUAUAUCUGAAGCGGAAGAAGUUUGCUCAAUCAUUCCAUCUAGUAUACCUGAUGUGGGCAAUUCGGACAGUGGGAUACCGGGACUUGAUCCUUCUGUUCAAAGUGAUGGGAUGUCAGAGACUGUUGUUACUCCCACGCUUGCAUCAUCUGGUUUUGAUGAAUCUAAUCAAGAGAACAUUUCAGCUAUGGAUCUGAGCUCCUCCUUGAAAUUAUCAGUUUCUAGAGAAAAAUCAGAGGAGCUUAGUCCAAUGGCAGUUGUUUCAGAUGUCAACAGCUUGGCCUCUUCAACUGCAACUUCUGCGGGAGUGUCUUUUCAGUUGGUCUUGCCCAAGAUGUCAGCACCUGUUGUUGACCUUGUAGAUGAAGAGAAGGAUGAAUUACUCAAACUGGCAUUUGUGCGCAUUGUUGAGGCAUAUAAGCAAAUAGCAGUUGCUGGAGGUUCGCAAGCCCGCUUUUCUCUAUUGGCAUAUUUAGGAGUGGAGUAUCCCUUGGAAUUAGAGGCAUGGAAAGUGUUGCAAAACCAUAUAUUGGCUGAUUAUGUAAAUAAUGAGGGGCACGAGUUGACUUUGCGGGUUCUGUAUAGGUUAUUUGGAGAAGCAGAAGAGGAACAUGAUUUCUUUACAUCUACAACUGCUGCUUCAGUAUAUGAGACAUUUCUGCUCACUGUGGCAGAAACACUUAAAGAUUCUUUUCCUCCAUCAGACAAGUCAUUAAGUAGAUUACUUGGUGAAGCUCCUUAUCUACCAAAGUCAGUCAUGAACCUGUUGGAAUGCAUGUGCUCUCCUGGAAACACUGAAAAUGCAGAUAAGGAUAUUCAAAGUGGUGAUCGUGUAACUCAAGGUCUUAGUGCAGUGUGGAGUUUGAUUCUGUUGAGACCCCCUAUUCGUGAUGUCUGCUUGAAAAUUGCCUUAAAGAGCACUGUACAUCUCUCCGAGGAAGUGAGGAUGAAGGCAAUUCGUCUGGUUGCUAACAAGCUUUAUCCAAUACUAUCCAUCUCUCAACGAAUAGAAGACUUUUCUAAGGAAAUGCUGCUUUCUGCCAUUAAUGACCUUGCUACAGAUACGGCAGAUGCUGAUGGAUUAGUAUCAGAAUCGCAUAAGCAGGAUGCUCAUCCAGAGAAGUCUUUAAUUGAAUCUGGUGCCAUCAGUAAAGAUAUUUCCUCUGAUAUCCAUCCUUCACCCAUUUCACAAGCUGACUCAUCUCUUCCAAUCUCUGAGGCCCAGCGUCGGAUGUCUUUGUAUUUUGCACUUUGCACAAAGAAGCACUCACUUUUUCGCCAAAUUUUUGUCAUGUAUAAAAAUGCUUCUAAAGCAAUUAAGCAGGCUGUUCAUGACCAUAUCCCUAUACUUGUCCGCACAAUGGGCUCAUCCUCAGAUCUUCUUGAAAUUCUUACUGAUCCUCCAAGCGGAAGUGAAAAUCUCGUAAUGCAGGUUUUGCAUAUAUUGACAGAUGGGAUUAUUCCUUCUGCUGAGUUAGUUUUUACCAUUAGCAAGCUAUACAAUUCAAAACUAAAGGAUGUGGAGAUUAUGAUUCCUGUAUUACCAUAUCUACCAAAAGAUGAGGUUAUGAUGAUCUUCCCACAGAUUGUAAAUCUCCCAGGGGAUAAAUUCCAAGCAGCACUUCUACGGAUAUUGCAGGGAUCAAUUGGGUCAUCUCAUUCUGGGCCAGUUCUAAAUCCAGCUGAAGUUCUAAUUGCUAUUCAUGGAAUUGAUCCUGACAGAGAUAGAAUUCCUCUCAAGAAGGUCACAGAUGCAUGCAAUGCUUGCUUUGAGCAGCGUCAAACUUUCACCCAGCAAAUCAUUGCAAAAGUUUUGAAUCAAUUGGUUGAGCAGAUUCCUCUUCCACUAUUGUUCAUGCGCACGGUAUUGCAAGCCAUUGGUACUUUUCCAUCACUGGUAGAUUUUAUAAUGGAGAUUCUAUCACGUCUUGUUGGCAAACAGAUAUGGAAAUAUCCUAAGUUGUGGGUAGGCUUUUUGAAGUGUGCACUUUUGACAAAGCCUCAAUCAUUUAAUGUGCUGCUUCAGCUACCGCCAGCACAACUCGAAAAUGCUUUAAACAAAACUGCAGCACUCAAGGCGCCUUUGGUUGCUCAUGCUAGCCAACCAAAUAUCCGAUCGACUCUCCCGAGGGCUGUGUUGACCGUCCUAGGGAUUACCUUAGAUGCUCAAAAUACAAGCCAGGUGCAAUCAAGUCAGGCUAACAUGGUCGAUUCAAGUAACUCAGAGGAGGUUGCGGUCCCAGAAAAAUCUAAAGAAUCCUCUGUUGCCGGUUGACUGAUUGGGAUCGAUUAUUUUCAGUCGUAUCUUUCACCAAGUUCCAUGUGCGUCAAACCUGCAGGGUUUUCCUUGAUAAAGAAACCGAGCAACUUUCGCACACUAGAUUUUCUUGCAACAAGCUUUUCUUCUAAGGUCAGAAGGGUAUCAUUUUCACUUUUCAGCUGAGAAAGGUAAAAAUCAUCCCAAUGAUUUUGCUUCCUUUAAAGCUACAAAAAUCAUAUCAAGAAUCUAUAAAAGCUGUGCUGUAGGUAGAGAGUUCUCCUGAUAUUGUGAGGAAGAGCAUUGCUCUAAGAAUGUAAUAGCAAUAAUAGAGAGUUGUAUACUAAUUUUUGUUGCUAGGAAUUUAUGACGGACAAUUUGAUAGAACUUACAAUCUAGAAAAGAAGAGUAUUUGAAAUCCUAACUUCGAAAAAGAAUAUUUAAAACGAAGACUGUAUUUUACAAGACUUUUGCAAUUAAGAAACAAUAAUAAUAUUCGUUAUGUUUAGUUA